GCUGAGAAUCCAAAACCUCAAACCCAAAUAUAUUCAUAUUUGAGAGAGAGAGAGAGAGAUGAGCAAUCUAAGUGGGAAGUUAGUAUCAAAAAUAGAGAUCAAGUCCGAUGGGGAUGUGUUCCAUGAACUCUUUAGGUAUAGACCACAUAAUAUCUCCACAAUGAGCUCAGACAAGAUUCAUGGCUGUGAGUUGCAUGAGGGUGAGUGGGGAACCGUUGGCUCUGUCAUCUGCUGGACUUUUACUCAUGAUGGGAAAAAGAAGAUUGCAAAAGAGAUAAUUGAAGCCAUAGAUGAGGAACACAAAACAGUGAAAUUCAAGGUGAUUGGAGGUGAACUGACAGAACAUUACAAGAGUUUGAGCUUAAAUGUUCAUGUUGACACAAGGGGCAUAAACAACUUGGUGACUUGGACCAUAGAGUUUGAGAAGCUGAAUGAGAGUAUCCCAGAGCCACACACUUUGAUGCAGUUUGUUUUAGAUGUCACCAAAGACAUUGAGACCCACCAUCUCAUGACAAAUUAAAUCUCACAAAUUCUUGGCUGUUUUAAUUCAUAGCCAGAUCAGAUCAUCAAUCAAUACUUUAUCUCUCAAUGGAUUAAAAUCAACCAAGAAUUUUUCAACUUAUUGUUGGCUUGCUAAAUAAAUAAUUAAAUAUUAUGUGAAUGUGUUUGGAGGUUUGCAGUUCCAAUGAAUGUAUGAAAUAAUGUAAGCUUUUCAAAGCUUAACUUGUCAACAUAAUGUUUAUAUGUAACUUAAAUGUAAUAGUGGUGUGUUACUAUGGUGGUAUAUUUGGGAAUGUCAUUAAUAUUUUAAGAAAUGAAAGAGUC